AGCAAAGCACUUUAAUUCUUCAGUUACGCUCGUUUAAGUAAGAAGACAUUUUUAUUUGAAAUUCGGUAACGAAUGAGGAAGUUAAGUGAAGUAUAAAAUAAGUAUAUUUGGAACUAGAACGACUUGUGCAAAAAUAUAAUUUAAAGUUUUUUUUAUAAAUACAAAAAACUUAUUUGUUUUAAACCGACUGCAGAAAAUAAAAUGGGUAAGGCUCAAAGCAAAAGAUCAGUUGACAUCACAACCGAAACAAAAAAAGGUGCCGAGGAUGAAAUCACCGAAAAGAUGGAAAAAAUUGAAGAUUUGGAUAAGAAAGAUGUUGUAAAUGGUGAUGCUACUAUAUCAGAAAAAAGUGAUCCAGAGAAAAAGGAUAGUGAUGAGGUUGAAAAUGAUAAAGACAUGACAACUGAGAAAGAUGUUGAUGCUCAAGCUGGCGGUGAUUCAGCAGAACAGCAAAAUGCUUGCGAAAAUUCAAAAGAAGAAGGCGGUUCAGCAGCUGCUGAAGAGAUCUCUCCACUUGCCGAUGAAAGUAUUAAAAAAUCGAAAAAGGAAAAAGUUAAAAAGAAAUGGUCUUUUCGUAGCAUUUCUUUUGGUAAAAAGGAUAAACAAAAGCCAGCUAAAAACGAAGAUGCCGCUGAGGAUGGCAGCGCAGCUACAAAUGGAGCAGAUGCUGAAGAAAAAUCUACAACCGAGCCUGAAGCUUCCCAAAAGGAAAAAUCUGCAAAUGAGAACGAAGAAAAGACUGCUGAGAAUCAAGAAAAUGGCAAUGCUACUCCAAAAGAAUUGAAUGGAGUAGAACAUAAUGAAGAGAAAAGUUCAGAAGAAAAAUCUAAUGAUACUGCCAAUACGACCAAUAAUACUACCACCACUGAAUCAUGUGAACCAGUACAAAACGAAACUGCCGAUAUAUCAUCCGAAUUAUCAGAAAAGACUGAGAAUAUGGCAACUGCAACGACCAUUAACAAUGAGAUUAAAGUAUCGGAGAAUGCCACCGAUGAUGACACGUCAAAAAAUGGAAUAGAUGAAAAAAUGAAUGCGACAGAGCAAGAACCACAAAAAAUAGAUGUUGCAAAUGCAUCCGUUGAAUCACCUUCAGAAAAGACAAGUACCAUAGCUAGUGCUGUGACAAAUGAGUCAUCAGCAUCAACUAAUGGUGAAGUGGUUGAGAAAAUUCAUCAAAAUGGCGAUCAUGGUGAAUCCGAGCUAGAAGUUGUUGAAAAAUCCAAGGCACAAAUUGAGGUAAUCUCCAACACUGAUAACAAAGUUUCUGCCGCUACCCUAGAUUAUAUUUCCUCUACCUCCAUAAAUCCUUCUAAUGUCCAAAUCCAAGUCCAAGAUUUGAAUGCAUCAAGCGAAAUGCCCGAUGAAAAAAUUCAAAUCGAUAAUGAUGAAUCCUGUAUUCAAAAAUCCACCGAAAUAAAAAUACAAAAACAUAUUGCCGCACAAUCUUCACUUAGUGAAGCUAAUUCCAGUAUGACAGAAGAUAAAGUUGAGAAUAAUUCUCAAAAUGAAACUGUCGCUAAUUUGAUAUCUGAGACGGGUGAUACUGAGAAGUCAGUUGAGGAUAAAGUGGGUGAUGAACCUUCUCCACCUCCACUUCCAAUAUCUCCUCCUCCUUCACAAGUGUCGGUAUUUGCAUUUACAAGUAAUGCUGAGUCUGUCGAAGAUUCAAUUGAAACGAAAAAUUCCGAAUCAUCAAAUAACCAAGAUGAGGAGAACAAAGAAGAAAUUUCGCAACCUAUUCCUCCUCCAAGUGAGCUUAAAAAUACUGAAGAUCCUAAUAAUAUAGAAACAAACGCGAUACAUAAUGAAAAACAUGAAGGGGAAAUUUAUCCUGACAACGAAACCCCACAGACUCAUGUUGACAAUGAUAAUGAAAAAGUUGAAAUUGAAUGUGAUGAAACUAAUGAAGAACAAGAAGCAAGCGUUUGCAAAGAAAUGCCAUUGCAUGAAGAUGAAGCUGUGCCUUCUUCCACUGGUAGUUCUGAAGAAUUACAGAAUGAAGAGGAGGCUUUAGUUGCAGCUGCUGUGAUAAACGAAAUAACAGAAAAAGCUGCAGAAAUUGUCGGUGAACAAUUGAAAUACAAUGUAGAGCAUACUACCGAUGAACAGUCUUUACAGAGUAACGAAGAAAGACAAGAAGAGCUUGAGUGCAACAACGAAAUUGUAAAAGAUAAUACCGUGGAAGAAUUUGACAAUGAAGUAAAAACUAAUAAAGACCAGCAUGAUUUUGACAAUAAAAUUGAGUGCGAAAUAACGAUAAGUUCAGAAGAAACACCAUUAGAACACAUCGAACAAAGCAACAAUAUUACUACAGAAUGUUCCUCAGAUUUCUCCGCAUCAAAUUCAAUACAACAAAACGAAGAUGUGAUGGUUUCCAUAAAUAAGAGCGAUAACUCAGACGAAGAGCUUUUAAAUCCAACUAAGGAAUUUGCUAAUGCUAAGGAUAUUAAGGAUAAUAUCACUGUGGCAGAAAUUACACAGGACCUUUCCGUAACAUGCGAAUAAUCCCACUCACAAUUAUAAUAUAUAUUAAAAUACAUUUUUAACAUUUACAUAUUUUAAUCAUUUUGUACAACUUCAUAUCCCUAAUCCAAGAUUAUAUGCAAAAUAAAGUAUACACAUAAUUUCUAAAAA